AUGGCUAUGACCAUUGAGAUCGAGCCCGCUGGCGCUCACAUCGCCGUGUCGGUGCUCAUCAUGACCGUCGCUCUCAUCUGGAGCGUCACCCCGUUUACGGAUUCCCUCCCCGCCCUCGGUGACACACCCCUAACCGCGACCGAGCUCUCCCAUCGUUGCAAUCAGGAGACCAUGAAGAAGCAGAUCGCCUACCUCGAGCGCAACCGGCAACUCGCCUUCGCCGAGGUCUGCCGCGUAUACGCCCGCCGCAUCAAGAUCGACGAAAGCAUCCACAACCUGAAGGAAGCCAUCAAGAAAGCCGAACUCCCCCGUGACAUCGGUCGCGUCGCCGAAAUGAAGAAGCGGAUUCGCCACUUUUGGAAAGAACAGGAGGAUUGUUACGGAAUGGUGGACGACAUCUCUCACCGCAUGUACCUCAUGCUUAUGCAGAGACUGACCCUUCGUCGUAAGAUUGAUCAGCUUGAUAUGCAGAUGGAGUGUAACCGUCUUGCGGAUAUUUUGUAUCCUCAAGUUCCCUUUGAGCUUCUGGAUGAUGUGAAGGAGGAUGUCAAGAAGUAG